GGGGGGCGCGGUGCCGGCGACCCGGGACAGUGCGCCUGCGCCUGUGGCGCCGCCGCCGCCGCCUCCUCGGCCGCUGGCGUGGGGCUGUCCGCGCGAGGGGAUCCGCCGGCGCCUGCCAUGGCGCAGAUACUCCCCAUCCGCUUCCAGGAGCACUUCCAGCUCCAAAACCUGGGAAUCAAUCCUGCCAACAUUGGAUUUAGCACACUGACCAUGGAGUCUGACAAGUUCAUCUGUAUCCGAGACAAAGUUGGGGAGCAGGCCCAAGUGGUGAUAAUCGACAUGCAGGACCCAACGGCACUGAUCCGACGGCCCAUCUCUGCGGACAGUGCCAUCAUGAACCCAGCCUCCAAGGUGAUUGCUCUGAAAGCUGAGAAGACACUUCAGAUUAUCAAUAUUGAGAUGAAGAGUAAGAUGAAGGCUCACACCAUGACAGAAAAGGUGGUUUUCUGGAAAUGGAUCUCGGUGAACACGGUCGCCUUGGUGACUGAGACGGCGGUCUACCACUGGAGCAUGGAAGGUGACUGCCAGCCCACCAAGAUGUUUGACAGGCACGCCAGCCUGGCAGGAUGCCAGGUGAUCCACUACCGCACCGACGCGCAUCAAAAGUGGCUGCUGCUCGUCGGCAUCUCGGCCCAGCAAAACCGUGUGGUUGGGGCAAUGCAGCUGUAUUCUGUGGACAGGAAGGUUUCUCAGCCCAUAGAAGGCCACGCCGCUGCUUUUGCAGAGUUCAAGUUGGAGGGCAAUGCCAAGCCCGCUACCCUGUUCUGCUUUGCUGUUCGCAGCCCUGCAGGAGGCAAGUUGCAUAUAAUUGAAGUGGGACAGCCAGCGGCAGGAAACCAGCCUUUUGUCAAGAAAGCCGUGGACGUGUUCUUCCCUCCCGAAGCCCAGACUGAUUUCCCAGUGGCUAUGCAGAUUGGAGCCAAACAUGGUGUUAUCUACUUGAUUACAAAGUCUGGAUAUCUUCACAUGUAUGACUUGGAGUCUGGCGUGUGCAUCUACAUGAACCGCAUCAGUGCCGACACCAUCUUUGUCACUGCUCCUCACGAGCCGACCUCUGGAAUCAUCGGUGUCAAUAAAAAGGGACAGGUGCUGUCAGUAUGUGUUGAAGAAGCGAACAUCGUGAAUUAUGCCACCAGUGUGCUACAGAAUCCAGACCUGGGUCUGCGCCUAGCAGUCCGUAAUAACCUGGCGGGGGCCGAGGACCUGUUUAUGAGAAAGUUCAGCACCCUCUUUGCUCAGGGAAACUAUACCGAAGCCGCCCGAGUUGCAGCGUCUGCGCCAAAGGGAGUUCUGCGGACCAGUGACACAAUCAACAAGUUCCGGAGUAUUCCCGCCCAACCUGGGCAGCCCUCUGCUCUGUUCCAGUAUUUUGGCGUCUUACUUGACCAUGGUCAGCUCAACAAGCUGGAAUCCUUAGAAAUCUGCAAUCCAGUUCUUCAACAAGGACGCAAGCAUCUCUUGGAGAAGUGGCUGAAAGAAGAUAAGUUGGAAUGUUCAGAAGAGCUCGGGGAUUUGGUCAAAGCCACUGAUGCCACACUUGCUCUAAGUGUGUACCUUCGGGCCAGCGUGCCAAGCAAAGUUGUCCAGUGUUUUGCAGAAACAGGCCAGUUCCAGAAAAUUGUACUCUAUGCCAAAAAGGUCGGAUACAGCCCAGACUGGGUGUUUUUGCUGAGGAGUGUGAUGAGGGUCAGCCCAGAGCAGGGUCUACAGUUUUCCCAUAUGCUUGUACAGAACGUGGAGCCAUUGGUCAACGUGAACCAGAUUGUGGACAUUUUCAUGGAGAACAGUUUAAUUCAGCAGUGCACUUCCUUCUUGUUGGAUGUUUUGAAAAAUAAUCACCCGGCCGAGGGGCAUCUGCAGACUCGGCUGUUGGAGAUGAACCUGGUUCACGCACCCCAGGUUGCAGAUGCAAUCCUUGGAAAUCAGAUGUUUUCGCAUUAUGAUCGGGCCCACGUCGGCCAGCUCUGUGAGAAGGCGGGCCUCCUGCAGCGGGCGCUGGAGCAAUACACCGACCUCUAUGACAUCAAGAGAGCAGUGGUCCACACUCACCUCCUCAAUCCUGAGUGGCUUAUCAACUUCUUCGGCUCCUUGUCUGUGGAGGAUUCCUUGGAGUGUCUGCGGGCUGUGCUGUCUGCGAACAUCAGGCAGAACCUGCAGCUGUGCGUGCAGGUGGCCUCCAAAUACCACGAGCAGCUGGGCGCGCAGACCCUGGUGGAGCUCUUUGAGUCCUUCAAGAGCUAUGAAGGCCUCUUCUACUUCCUGGGCUCCAUCGUGAACUUCAGCCAAGACCCAGACGUGCACCUCAAGUACAUCCAGGCCGCCUGUAAGACAGGGCAGAUCAAGGAGGUGGAGAGGAUCUGCCGAGAGAGCAGCUGCUACAACCCGGAGCGGGUGAAGAACUUCCUGAAGGAGGCCAAGCUGACGGACCAGCUUCCGCUCAUCAUCGUGUGUGAUCGCUUUGACUUUGUCCACGACCUGGUCCUGUAUUUGUACCGCAACAACCUGCAGAAGUACAUAGAGAUCUAUGUUCAGAAGGUCAAUCCUAGCCGGAUCCCAGCUGUGGUUGGAGGGCUGCUUGAUGUGGACUGUUCUGAGGACGUAAUUAAGAACUUAAUCAUGGUAGUGAGAGGACAGUUCUCUACUGAUGAUCUGGUGGCUGAAGUAGAAAAGAGAAACAGGCUCAAGUUGCUGCUUCCGUGGCUGGAGUCUCGGCUCCAGGAGGGAUGUGAAGAGCCCGCCACUCACAAUGCUCUGGCCAAAAUCUACAUCGACAGCAACAACAACCCGGAGUGCUUCCUGCGAGAAAAUGCCUACUAUGACAGUAGUGUGGUGGGCCGCUACUGCGAGAAGCGUGACCCCCACCUGGCCUGUGUGGCUUACGAACGGGGGCAGUGUAGCCUUGAAUUCAUCAAGGUUUGCAACGAGAAUUCUCUGUUCAAAAGUGAGGCUCGCUACCUGGUGCGUAGGAAAGAUCCAGAGCUCUGGGCUCAUGUUCUGGAAGAGACCAACGCAUCCCGGAGACAGCUGAUUGACCAGGUGGUACAAACAGCAUUGUCAGACACACAGGAUCCCGAAGAGUUGUCAGUCACCGUCAAAGCCUUUAUGACAGCUGACCUGCCCCACGAACUGAUUGAGCUCCUGGAGAAGAUUGUUCUGGACAACUCCAUCUUCAGCGAGCACAGGAACCUCCAGAACCUGUUGAUUCUGACGGCCAUCAAGGUGGACCACACACGGGUCAUGGAUUACAUCAGCCGCCUGGACAACUACGAUGCUCCUGACAUCGCCAGCAUUGCCAUCAGCAGUGCGCUCUACGAGGAGGCCUUUGCCAUUUUCUGCAAGUUCGACGUAAACGCCUCUGCCAUCCAGGUCCUGAUCGAGCACAUUGGAAACCUGGACCGAGCCUAUGAGUUUGCAGAGAAGUGCAAUGAGCCUGCUGUGUGGAGUCAGCUGGCCCGGGCCCAGCUCCAGAAAGACCUGGUGAAGGAAGCCAUUGACUCCUUUAUCAGAGCUGAGGACCCUACUUCCCAUCUGGAUGUUGUCCAGGCAGCCAGCAGGAGCAGCAACUGGGAAGAUCUAGUUAAAUUCCUGCAAAUGGCGAGGAAGAAGAGCCACGAAUCCUACAUAGAAACUGAACUCAUUUUUGCCUUAGCUAAAACCAGCCGUCUCUCUGAGUUAGAAGAAUGUAUUAGUGGGCCCAACAAUGCCAACAUUCAGCAGGUUGGAGACCGCUGUUAUGAGGAGGGGAUGUAUGAGGCUGCCAAGCUGUUGUACAGCAGUGUCUCUAAUUUUGCACGCCUGGCUUCUACCUUGGUCCAUCUCGGUGAAUAUCAGGCGGCAGUGGAUAGCAGCCGCAAGGCCAACAGCACCGGAACAUGGAAAGAGGUGUGCUUCGCCUGUGUAGAUGGCCAGGAGUUCCGCCUGGCACAGCUGUGUGGCCUGCACAUCGUCAUCCAUGCAGAUGAGCUGGAGGACCUGAUUCGGUAUUACCAGGAUCGCGGCUACUUUGAGGAGCUCAUCUUCCUGCUGGAGGCAGCUCUGGGCCUGGAGCGGGCCCACAUGGGCAUGUUCACAGAGCUGGCCAUCCUCUACUCCAAAUUCAAGCCGCAGAAGAUGCCAGAGCACCUGGAGCUCUUCUGGUCACGUGUCAACAUGCCAAAGGUGCUGAGGGCUGCAGAGCAGGCACACCUGUGGGCAGAGCUGGUGUUCCUGUAUGACAAGUACGAAGAGUACGACAACGCCGUCCUCACUGUGAUCAACCACCCCACCGAGGCCUGGAAAGAAGGUCAGUUCAAGGACAUCAUUGCCAAGGUCGCCAACGUGGAGCUGUAUUACAAAGCCCUGCAGUUCUAUCUGGAUUACAAGCCCCUGCUCAUCAACGACCUGCUGCUGGUGCUGUCGCCCCGGAUGGACCACACGCGUACCGUGAGCUUCUUCUCCAAGGUGGGCCAUUUGCCCCUGGUGAAGCCGUAUCUGCAGUCGGUCCAGAGCCACAACAACAAGAGUGUGAAUGAAGCGCUCAACCACCUGCUGACAGAGGAGGAGGACUACCAGGGCCUGCGGGCGUCCAUUGAUGCCUAUGACAACUUUGACAACAUCGGCCUGGCUCAGCGGCUGGAGAAGCACCAGCUGAUUGAGUUCCGGCGCAUCGCAGCCUAUCUGUAUAAGGGCAGCAACCGCUGGGUCCAGAGCAUCGAGCUCUGCAAGAAGGACCAUCUGUACAAGGAUGCCAUCCAGUACGCUGCCGAGUCACGUGACACCGAGCUGGCCACGAAGCUGCUGCAGUGGUUCCUGGAGGAGGGCAAGCAGGAGUGCUUCGCAGCCUCCCUCUUCACCUGCUACGACCUGCUGCAGCCUGAUGUGGUGCUUGAGCUGGCCUGGAGGCACAACUUCAUGGACUUGGCCAUGCCCUACUUCAUCCAGGUGAUGAGGGAGUAUGUGAGCAAGAUGGACAGAUUGGAUGCCCGGGUCAGUCUGUGCAAGCAAGAAGAGUACAUGGUGGAGCCCGCCCCACUCGUCUUCAGCAGAGGCGGGGCAGGGGAAGAGGCUCCUGGCUGCCAGGCAUUGGAAGGCCAGCCGCUGCUGCUGACCACAGGCCCCGCCCCUGCCAGCUUCUCCCACGGAUUCGCGACUUUCGCCUUCUUUCAGCCUCCCACAUUUGACUAGCGAGUAGUGGGUGCUGCGUGGUGACACAAGUUUUCCACAUCGUUACCCUCUUCCGGGAGCCUGUCCCUCAGAAGCACAGAGGAUCCAGCUGGGCGCCAGGGACACUCGCACACAUUAUUUAUUUCUGUUGAAGCUCAGUGACGGCAGCCUCGGAGCCAUCCUGGUG